AUGCUCAAGUUAGCAGUACUGGGGGUUCGAGGCUUCUUGCUUCUCUUCGGUGCAGUAGUACUAGGUCUUUCAGUGACUCUUGCGAAGCAACAAGUCGAAGGUUCCCCUCCUGCAGAAACUUCAUUUGGAAGUUUUUGCGGCGCGUUCGGUAUACUAGUCUCGCUGAUAGGCAUUGCCGCCCUGUUCAUCGAUAAGAUCCCUAGCAUAGUAUCAAUGGGAGCAGAUGGUGUUGCUACAGCGCUUUACCUUGCUGGCGCCAUUGUAAGGCAGCCCGCUAUAUCUGACGGUAUCUACACCAAGAAUGGCCUCAAGUGGUCUCGUGCUGUUCGAAUGAACCAAAUCCAAGUCAUCGGUACACACAAUUCUUAUCAUAGAGAAUCCCCGUUAGAGGCGCGUGAAGCGCAAGCCCAGCUGCUUGAAAGCGUCAUCAAUUAUUACUAUUCACACGCGGCGCUUGACGUUCAAGCUUCGUACCAGUCUGUGCGCAGCUUCGAGCUUGACAUCUUCGCGGAUCCGGAGGGGGGCAAGUACGCGACACCGCUCGUGAUUCGCAACUCCGGAACUGAGUUGCCGCCACAGGAUGUGAUGAACAAACCCGGAGUGAAGGUUCUCCAUGUCUCAGACGCCGAUGUUUGGCCUAGUUGCUAUACACUUAUUGAAUGCUUAACCAUAGUGAAGAAGUGGUCUCAAGAACACCCUAAUCAUGUGCCGAUCCCAUUUAUGCUAGAGUUCAAAACUGCUGAAACUGGGACUGGAGGUGGGGCUCCCCUUAUUCCGUGGAACGAUAGCGAGCUCUUGGAUGAUCUUGACGAGGAGAUUCGUUCCGUCUUCUCCCCAUCACAGCUUAUCACGGCGGAUGAUCUCAGGCGCGAUAACCACACAUUAGAGCAGUCUGUAUUAAAAUACGAAUGGCCGGACUUGGACUCGGCUCGCGGUCGUGUUUUCUUUCUAAUGGAUAACGAACCGGGGUCAAUCCGCGAUGUCUACACUACCGGACGCCCGAAUCUCGAAGGCCGCGUAAUUUUCACCAACUCGAAACCUGGGUACGACGACUGCGUAUUCCAGAAGCUAAAUGACCCCCGGAAUGCGACUAGUCUAGAAUAUAUCCAGAGGCAGGUUCACGCAGGUUACUGGGUACGUACACGCGCGGAUGAGCCACUGACCACAAUUCUAAGUAAUGAUACAACGUCCAUGCGCGACUCGGCUUUUGAUAGCGGAGCUCAAAUUGUUAGUACUGACUUCCCGACCUACGGGCUAACUAGCCGCUGGCAUGUUGACUACUCUGCGCGGUUCAAAGGUGGAAUAGCUGUGCGGUGCAACCCAAUCAGUGGGAAGGAUAGCUGCGUGAAUGCAUUACUAGAGCCUGAGGAAUAUUUACGGGACUAG